AUGGCCCAAGAUGCGCCCCCUCCACAGGCCGCCGACGCGGUGCUCAUGAAGUCGGACGCCAUGCCCGAAGGCUCCCAGCCCGUCCAAGAACUCGACUUCAACAUGCUCAAGCGGCCCAUUACCGCAGAAGAUCUUUUCCUCGGCAUGCGUCAUAUGGGGUUCCAGGCAUCAAGCAUGGCCGAGGCCAUCCGUAUCAGAAGCUGGAAAGACCCAGAGUCUUCUGAAAAGACAACCAUAUUCCUGGGCUACACAUCUAACCUCAUCUCCUCCGGGCUUCGCGGCACCCUCCGCUGGCUUGCCCAACACAGACACAUCUCGGCCAUCGUCACCACGGCAGGCGGCGUAGAGGAAGACUUCAUCAAGUGCCUCGGCAGCGGGACAACAUAUAUGAGCUCCUUCUCCGCACCCGGUGCCGACCUGCGCAAAAGGGGGCUCAACCGCAUCGGCAACCUGGUCGUCCCCAACGACAACUACUGCGCCUUUGAAGACUGGGUCAUCCCCAUCCUGGACAAAAUGCUCGAGGAGCAAGAGGCCGGCAAAGGCACCGACCAAGAAAUCAACUGGACUCCCUCCAAAGUCAUCCACCGGCUGGGCAAGGAAAUCAACGACGAGAGGUCCGUCUACUACUGGGCGUGGAAGAAUGACAUACCCGUUUUCUGUCCGGCCUUGACGGAUGGAAGUCUGGGAGACAUGUUGUAUUUUCACACGUUCAAGGCGUCGCCGCUGCAGCUGAAGAUUGACAUUGUCGAGGAUAUACGCAGGAUAAAUACCAUUGCGGUCAGGGCCAAGAGAGCCGGCAUGAUUAUUUUGGGAGGUGGUGUUGUGAAGCAUCAUAUCGCAAAUGCCUGUUUGAUGAGGAAUGGUGCCGAGAGCGCUGUGUAUAUUAAUACCGCGCAGGAGUUUGACGGGAGCGAUGCCGGUGCCCGCCCCGACGAGGCCGUCUCCUGGGGCAAGAUCAAAGCUGACGCGGACAGUAUUCAUGACAGAAUCGCCAUAUUUUCAUGGGCUAUCAUCGGCGGCGGCCAGUGA